AUGAUAUGGAUAUUAUUACUGGUACAAUUAGCUGCAGCACAUAUCAGAUUAACAUAUCCACCAAAUCGUUAUCCAUUACUCAAUUAUUCCACUGAUAAUGGAAAAACUCAACAAUUAUGUGGUAUACCAAAAGAUCCAAAAGGUAUCGUAACAUGGUUACGUUCCGGUGAAGAUGUUAAUAUCACUUGGUUCCAAUCAGAAUCUUAUAAUGGAAAUUUAAAAUUGGAAUUAUUGAAUGAAAUGGAUCAAAUGAUUGCAAUUUUGUCACCAAUUACAAGUGUUAAUACCGAUGAUGGAACAUUGUGA